CCAUAAACAGCGCGCAGACUGCGCCUUUAAGAAGUGCAAAUCGAAACAGUAAAGCAUUCGCGGUGUCAAUGUACUAACAAUGAAUUUAAUCGAUAUGGUCUUGAUACAAUUCUUGCUGUUUAAUGGCAUGUGGACCAUUAAAGGUCAGUAUGGAAACCCUCUGAACAAGUACAUCCGCCACUAUGAGGGCCUGUCCUACGACACCGAGGCCCUGCACAGCAACCACCAGAGAGCCAAGAGGGCCGUCUCCCACGAGGACAAGGUCCUGCAGCUUGACUUCCACGCACAUGGAAGACAUUUCAAUCUGCGGAUGAAGAGGGACACCAGCCUGUUCUCUCCAGACCUCACGGUAGAGGUAUCAGGAGUGGAGGUGCACUACGACCCCUCCCACAUUUACACUGGAGAAAUCUUUGGUGAGAAGGGCACUUUGACCCACGGCUCGGUGGUGAACGGCAGGUUUGAGGGCUUCAUCCAGACCCACCAGGGCAUGUACUACGUGGAGCCCUCGGAGAGGUACCUCAGAGACAAGGAUGUGCCCUACCACUCAGUCAUCUACCACGAGGGGGACAUCAAUUACCCUCAUAAGUAUGGCUCGGAGGGGGGCUGUGCUGACCACUCAGUGUUUGAAAGGAUGAAGAAGUACCAGGCCUCGGCUAUGGAGGAGCCUCUCAAGGAUCCCAGCAGUGUGGUGGAGGAAGAGGAGAGGUCCCAUGGACAUGGUCCGGUGAUCCUGAGGAAGAAGAGAGCAGCUCAGAUAGAGAAGAACACCUGCCAGCUCUUCAUCCAGACUGACCACCUCUUCUUCAAGUACUACGGCACCAGAGAGGCUGUCAUCGCACAGAUCUCCAGCCAUGUAAAGGCCAUUGACUCAAUCUACCAGGGUACUGACUUCCUGGGCAUCCGCAACAUCAGCUUCAUGGUCAAAAGGAUCAGGAUAAACACGACCAGUGAUGAGCGGGACAUCACCAAUCCGUUCCGCUUCGCUAACAUCGGGGUGGAGAAAUUCCUGGAGCUCAACUCAGAACAGAACCAUGAUGACUAUUGCCUGGCCUACGUCUUCAGUGACAGGGACUUUGACGACGGGGUGCUGGGCCUGGCCUGGGUCGGAGCUCCUGCAGGGAGCUCCGGAGGCAUCUGUGAGAAGAGUAAGUUGUACUCUGAUGGGAAGAAGAAGUCUCUGAACACCGGCAUCAUCACGGUGCAGAACUACGCCUCCCACGUCCCCCCCAAGGUCUCCCACAUCACCUUCGCACACGAGGUUGGACACAACUUUGGCUCUCCGCAUGACUCUGGGACAGAGUGCACCCCAGGAGAGUCCAAGGCCCAGGAGAAGAAGGAGCAGGGGAACUACAUCAUGUACGCCCGGGCCACGUCAGGGGACAAGCUCAACAACAACAAGUUCUCCAUCUGCAGCGUGAGGAACAUCAGCCAGGUCCUGGAGAAGAAGAGGGGCAACUGCUUUGUGGAGUCUGGCCAGCCCAUCUGUGGUAAUGGUCUGGUGGAGACAGGGGAGCAGUGUGACUGUGGUUACAGUGACCAGUGUAAAGACGAGUGCUGCUACAACGCCAACGAGGCAGACGGCAACAAGUGCAAACUUAAGCCUGGCAAAAUCUGCAGUCCCAGCCAGGGUCCGUGCUGUACACCUACGUGCAACUUCAAGGGCUCCAAUGAUAAGUGUAGGGAGGAGUCAGAGUGUGCUGAACAGGGCAUGUGUAACGGAGGCACUGCCCAGUGCCCCACCUCUGAACCCAAGGCCAACUUCACCGCCUGCCAUGGAGAGACACAAGUCUGCCUCAACGGGGGCUGCUCUGGCUCCAUCUGUGAGAAGUAUAGUCUGGAGGUGUGUACCUGUGCCAGUAUUGAGGGAACAGACGAGACUGAGCUGUGCCACGUCUGCUGUCAGGAGAGAAUGAAACCCGACACCUGCAGCAGCACGGGCUCCGAGAAGUGGGCCAGCUUCUUCAGCAAGAAGAUCACCACGCUGCAGCCAGGCUCCCCCUGCAACGACUUCAAGGGUUACUGCGAUGUGUUCAUGAGGUGCCGGCUGGUGGACGCAGACGGCCCCCUGGCCAGGCUAAAGAAAGCCAUCUUCAACGCAGAGCUCUACGAGAACAUUGCAGAGUGGAUAGUGGCUCACUGGUGGGCAGUGUUGCUGAUGGGCAUUGCUCUCAUCAUGCUGAUGGCUGGUUUCAUCAAGAUCUGCAGUGUCCACACACCCAGCAGCAACCCCAAACUGCCCCCACCCAAGCCACUGCCAGGCACGUUGAAGAGGAGGAGACGGCAGCAAUCGAAUGGCCAGCAGCCCCAGCAGCAGCGCAACCAACGCCAGCCCAGAGAGAACUAUCAGUUGGGUCAGAUGAGACGUUAAGACACUGGGCCCCUCUUUGCCUUGGUUCUUCCUAGUGCCUACAGUGGGAACACUUCACUCCAAAGAGUUACCUGUACCAUUCAUUGCAACCACCCAUCUGCAAAACUAACUGGCAACAGAACUGAUUUCAAUAGACAAGACGUACAGUUCCAGGACCUAACGGACUCACUCAACACCACUGCUCUGGGAGCCAGCCGAGCUGUCCUUCACACAGCUGUAAGCAGAAAAUAUUUUAGGAAAGCUCUUGGCAAUGACGGGAAGAGAAAAUGACUGAUUUCUGUUGUUUUUUUUUGUUUGUUUUUUACUGGAGUGCAGGGGAGAGCAGCAGCAUUGUGGUAAUGCAGCUUCUCCUCUCCUCCUUUUUAGCGUCUUUCUUUCAUCUGUUUUUCCUUUCUGAAGUGCUGCCCUCCUGAGCAGAAAAACAGGACUGCAGGUCACAUGGGUUUUUGCUGCUAUGCAAUGCCAGGAUGUGAGACAUUGCAGCAGAAGAGACUAAUUUGCCAAUGUAAUUAUUAUUUUGUAAUCAAAACAUGAUAAGAAAAAAUGCGCAGGCUUUUAUUUCCAAAGCAUACAUGUUCUUUCUGCGUGCAAUUGUACAGGUAUUGAGAUAUCGAUUUUUUUCUUAGUAUCAUAUGAAAUCGAUUGUUUUCCUGCUGUCUGAUAAAGAUUAUUUACUGUUUUAAUUCACUCUCUCAGGAUUAAUAAAACAAAAAACAGCCCUAUCUGUCACAUUUAGAAGCUGCUGUGGGGUGGAUCAGAACAGACCUCGGUUAUCAGAACAUGGAGGGAAUGUAAACAUAAAGCUGAAUGUGAUUAAAGCAGGGUAUAGAGAGGCAACAGAGUUGUAGAGACUGUUGUGAUAUUUGGAUGUGAUAUCGGAUGAUAUUAUUGGGCUGGUGGAAGGUGUCAUUUUCAGACAGGUUUGCUUCUAGAGGUGCAGUUUGGGGAUGCAACUGUAGCUUUUAAAUUUUUUACUUAAUUAUGACAUAUUGUUCGCUUCAGCUAUUUUUUUCUGACUCAAUGCAUUGAUGUGAAUCACUGAACCACUAAAUACAGCAGAUGUACCUUGUCUAUUGAUCAUUCCAUGUGAGGGAUGGAUGGAGAAAGGAGAGAAUCUUCAAUGCUUUAGCAUACAAGGCUGUCCAAGGGCUGGCUGGUGCUACACCUCAUGACUAUGCCACUGAACGUGGUCACAUCAUAUUCUUCAAGUCACAGGGCCUUGGCCAGAGCCUGCGAACACAGGCCAGGGUCCAUAGGGGAAAUAUUACAGAGGGCAUCACAGACAAUCACUGUACUGGUCUGGACAUGCUCUCACCUAGCUCGGCUGCCCUCACCAAUGUUGUUACCUUAAUAAAACGCACAGUCUUUAAGAGCUGACCUGGGAACAACUGAAUGCCCUGUUACAUACCAGUUUGAAGGCAGCUUGAGGAAUCUUCUACACUUAUGGCAUGCAUUAGGAAUGUGAUGAAUGGUUUGCCAGAUGAAGAUCUUGGAUGGCUUUAAUGUGAUUGUUUUUUUAUUUUAUUUUAGCAAUUCAGAUAUUUGUAUAUGGCGGAAUUGAAUCGAUAAAGUCCUACAAUGGCUUAAUGUCUGAGUGUCCAGCUAUGCCAAGCUGUUACAUAUGAACUGAGAUUGAUAAGGCUACCAAUUACCUCUAACUUUUCUCCCUUUGGCUAUCAUUUCCAUGUCGUGUCUCUCCUAUGAUGCGUAUCUGUGUUGCAUGUCCUGUCUCUCUCCCUAACCCCACAUCUCUAUUGGAAUUACAUAGCUUUGCUCUGGGGAUGAUCUCCACCAAAAGAGACCUAUAUGUCAUAGUCUGUGGUUUGUGUAAAGACAUAAACAAUGUGUCUAAAUGGAGUUGAGUCUGAUUCUCCUGAGCCCAUUCAACUCCACAGUCUGUCUGGAGGUCAGUGGGGUUUGUAAUGUAUUGCUGGCUCAGAGCCAUGGAGACCAGGACAAAGGCAGGAUAUCCAAAGAGACUCUGUUUUUCAGCUUGGAGUGCUGAAGUCUCAGGAGGCUUGAGGAAACAGAUUGCAAAAAAUGACACUGCUUGACUUCAGGUGUCUUUUAGAAGGUCAACUUGACUGACUGUAGGGAGAGGAUGUGGGAUAAAUGUACUGUCCUGUUUGUUGUCCUGUCUUUGUGUGGCAGGUGUUGAAAGUCUUUUGAAGCCUGUUACCAAGGUCUCUCAAAUGAGUUUAUCAGAAUUAACAUAGACUAGUACUCAAGGUCAGGAGGUAACUCUAAGUCCUUUUAUUUUUGAUGGCUUUGUUUAUCCCAUUUAAAUGAUGUGACUAUAUUGAUAUUUUAUGACAUUCUGGCCCAUUAUGCCUUAUCAGGUAGGUAGACCCUAGGCAGUGUGUCCUGGAGCUUAAAGACAAGCAGGCCUCUUCACAUAUUUAUGCCUUCAUUGUUUCCUCCCAAAACUGGUCAAUAUUGAAUGAGGAAAAAUGGCUUGUCUAUGUAGCCACAUACAAUGUCUACAAGAGAGCCUCUGAAAUGGAAACAAAACUGAUCCUCCCUUGAUUCUAACAUGUCUUUCUCUGUUCUUUCUGUUUGGUGCUGGUGGGUAUGGGUUUGUGCUGGAUAAUAAAAUAUUGUUUCUCAUUACCUUUGGCAUUUAGUAAGGCUCAUCGGAGUGUGGUCAUCUUACAUUCUUCUCAUUGUGUUUUUAUUCCUGUGGUAAGGUAAUAGGUGGGUGUAUACGGGGCGGUGCCUGGGAUUUACAUUUCUGUCUUUAAUUUGUCUUGCUAAAAGUUUUGAGAAGAGCGUGGUCUGAAAUGUAAACUGAGAGAAUCCAGAAUGGGAAAAGUCUAAUACUGCUGUCUGAUUUUAGAGUGUGCUGUGUUUUAUACAGUAUCUUCAAUUUUCUUUACGAUUUUUCUUUCUUGUUUCUGUUUCCCGUUCUACUCAAAUUUAAACAUUUUACUAAAAUUGCUGAAAGUAUUGUGCAAAUGUUUUUGUUUUUUUUAACUACUUGAAAUGCUUUAAUAAAAAUAGACUUGAUCAAAAAAUGUUCAGAGAAUGGAAAAGAAUGGCUGAGAAGUCAUUCCAUGGUUGGUUUGUUCAUUGUUUUGCUCAUCCACUGAAAGUGACAGAAGGCCCACUUCAAGAUAUCACACAGCUUGACUGGGCUAUCUUCCAAGGAAAUCAAGCUCAUAAACUCAGAAUAAAAAGAAAAGUUUUACAUCUCGCUAAAUCUGAGGUUGGUUUUAACCUCCCAGACUUGGAAUUGUAUCAACUCGCCACCCAAGGCUUUUACUUGAGACAUUGUUAAAUGCACUAAAAAGGAACUGUGGGUAAUUAUUGAAGAUGUGCAUGCUCACCCCCAGAAUCUUUUCACAUGUCUAUUUUUCAAAGGAUAAAGCUAAGAACAUGAACAACUUCAUAGUUAAGAACACUAUAACGAUAUGGAAGAAAAUGAAACGGAUUCUACAAGAAACAAUCUCACUAGCAAAAAAACAUCCCUUGAAUAGCUUUUCAGUAUGUACUGAUAAUAACAUGGAAAACUAAAAGGUAUAGAAAUUGUAAAUUAUUUGAUAAUAGGACAUGUAUUUCUGACAGAAUUAAAAAUAAAUUUUGCACUGACCGAUGUAGAAAUGGUCAAAUGCAUGCAAUUUGUAAACUAAUGUAUUAAAAAGAGACCAAAUUCUACAGCAGAAGGAGAGUCAUAUGUCUUAAGUGUAAAACUAACAAUGGUUCAAUAAUCCAUACCUUUUGGGAAUGCAAUACAGUCCAAAAGUAAUGGGUGGAGUUAGAAAGUUGGCUGUCAGAAGUCUUAAUGUAGAUGUACUUUUUGGUUCAUAUUUCAAGUCCUGUCAUAUGAGGGUGUAGUGAGAUACCCAAUGGGGUGGAUGAUAGUCUUCUCGUCAAUUAUUUUUGAAAUAUACCAAUUUUCCAUCUUUAAGACAAUAGAAAAAUCAUAUGGUUCAUUAUCUAAAUAUAUUAAAGAGCUGGUUCAGGCUGGGCAGGUGUGA